UUGUGAUUGGGAUCUGUGUGAUUCAGUGGCUAUCAAAUUGGGUCGAUGAGCUUUGUAGUCACUGACCAGUGGUCUUUUAUGGUCAAAUUUGGACAUAUGGCGAUAUCAAUGAGUAUGAGAACCUCUGGGGGUUGAAGAUUGGGGGCCUGUGAUUAGGGACAGUAUGUAUGUCUAUGAUUAGGAAGCUUAUUGGAUUGGUUGAGGAGGCUCGUGAAAUUCAGAGGUCAGGGACAAGAGAGUCAAGGAUUUGAGGCUGCAGCCCUGCAUAAUGGGAACACACUUCACCUAUGUGACACUCCACAGCUAACUAGCAGCCAGUUCUAUCCAGUACCUCUCAGCCAAGGCCCACCUCAAAAUUCUUUUAAAAUUCCCGGUUUAUUGUUCCCCACAAUAAUGAAAAUGCUUUGAAAGGAUCAAGUGCUAAGUUUAUCUAAGGUAACAUGUUAUUAAAGACGUGGCUUCUAUUGCUCUUGUCAGGGAUCUAAUGCAUAUUUCUCCUAAUGUUUCCAUUAAGGUUCUUUCAGGGAAAGGUAAUGACAUGCCCGUCUAUGACAGCAUCUCAAGAGUGAGCCUGGCUUCUUGUAAUUCAUUCUGACUCCUUGGCAUCUAGAAAGGAUGUGAUCUUGCCUGUGGUUCAGAAAACAAAGCGUUUAUUGAUUCCAUAGGUGCCUUGCAGACCUUUGGAUCCUGCUACCUUGCUCCUGCCAGCCCUCAGAGCCACAGAACCUUGGUCCCAUCUACAGAAGGCCCUGCCAGGGGUUGCAGCUGAGGGUCUCAGCUCUUUUUUCAUGAACAGCAGAAAAUGAUCCAGUACCAGUUACAGCAAAAGGAUACAGAUUAAAAUCAGCCAAGCAAAGAGACACAUGAAGCAGAGUCCAGGAGAGUCCACACACAGAACUUCCAGUUGUCCUCUCCUAGUUGAGUUCCAGACAGUGUUCAGUUCUCCCAGCAAUGAUGUGUGACAAUACACACAGAGUAUUGCCAACAAGGGAAGCUCAGCUUCAGCAGAGACCUGUGUCAUUCAAAGAUGUGGUUGUGGGCUUUACCCAAGAGGAGUGGCACCGGCUGAAUCCUGUUCAGAGGGCCCUGUACCGUGAUGUGAUGCUGGAGACCUACAGCAACCUUGUCUCAGUGGGUUAUGAAGGCACCAAACCAGAUGUGAUACUCAGGCUGGAGCAGGAAGAAGCUCCGUGGAUUUGUGAGGUGGCUUGCCCAGGCUGCCACUGUCGGGAAAACAUCUGGCAAGUUAAUGUCCAGAGUAAAAGACAGCAAGACAUGCUUUUGACGCAAGGUACAUCCCUCAGCAAGAAAACAUUGCCCAAGGAAAAAAGCCAUGAACACAAGUUUGGGAAAAUAUCACUUCUGAGCACUGAUAUUUUUCCUUCAAUUCAAAAUCCCAGUAACUGGGACUCUGGUGGAAAGAGUUUGAACCCUAAUUUAGACUUGACUGGUUUUAAGAGAAACUGUGCAAAAAAGCAAAAUGAGUGUUAUGGUUAUGGGAAAUUGUUACAGCAUACAAACCAUGAUAGAAGACCUAAUGGAGGAAAACCUUGGGGUUGCAGUCACUGUGAAAAAACUUUCAGCCAUAACCCAGCACUUAUGUAUAAACCAGCGGUACCCAGUUCUCUUGUGUACAAACGGAAGAGGGUUCCACCUACAGAGAAACCCCACAUCUGUAGUGAAUGUGGGAAAGCCUUCUGCUACAAGUCUGAAUUCAUUAGGCAUCAGAGAAGUCACACUGGGGAGAAGCCUUAUGGAUGCACUGACUGUGGGAAAGCCUUUUCACAUAAGUCAACCCUCAUUAAACACCAGAGAAUUCACACUGGGGUAAGACCCUUUGAAUGUUUUUUUUGUGGGAAAGCCUUCACCCAGAAGUCACACCGCACAGAACAUCAGAGAACACAUACAGGAGAGAGACCCUUUGUGUGCAGUGAAUGUGGGAAGUCAUUUGGCGAGAAGUCAUACCUCAAUGUACAUCGAAAAAUGCACACAGGAGAAAGACCCUAUCGUUGCAGAGAAUGUGGAAAAUCCUUCAGCCAGAAAUCAUGCCUCAAUAAACACUGGAGAACUCAUACAGGAGAAAAACCCUAUGGAUGCAAUGAAUGUGGCAAAGCUUUCUACCAGAAGCCAAACCUCAGUAGACACCAGAAAAUUCAUGCUAGGAAGAAUGCCUACAGGAAUGAAAAUCUAAUAAUUGUAGAAAAGCCUUGAGCAAGAUACCCAGUUUUCAUUGUGUAUAGGGGAAUUCAACCUUAGGAGAAAUCUUAUCUAUUUAAUGAAUUUGGACAAAGUGUUUGCUCCAAUGGUGAUGCAAACUUUUUAAAGAAAAGAUUAUAGAAGAUAUAAGACAUAAACAUGGUCACUCUGUCAUAUGGUUAAAAUGUAUUAAAAGAAUGACAACAUAAUACGAAAUAUAUGUGAAGAGACUUAAAGGUAUACUAUGACACUUUGUUCUUCCACAGUGAGCCACAUAAUAAGCACUUUUUUAUUUUGGAGUUAUAAAUAUGAAUUUAACAGAAAUUGUGAAUAUCAAACAGUAUAUAGAAUGCCAUUCACCAGACUUUUCCACUCUAAAUAUUACCAUUGUCUUUUGAUGUUUUAACAAUACAAAAAAUAUUAAUAUAACAGCAACAUAGCCAAAUAUUUUAAAGAGAACUUACAUUUUAAAGAGAACUUAUACAUAUUAUUCCAGCUACACUUAUUUAAUCCACCUUUUUGGAAUGAAUGUAAAUGGCUAUAGCAGUUGUCAUUGAGCCCUUUUCUGACUAAUAAAGCAAUGUCUUUUGAUAAGCCAGCAAAAAACUUUACUAAAAACAUUUAUGUUGAAAAUGCAAAGCUAAGGAUAUUGGGUAAACAAACACUGUAAACUUAAUUACUCAGCACACUCACUAUUUGACAAAAAUUCAUGUCACCCUCUUAUAUUGUACACUAUUCAUAUUUUCUUAGUAUUGCUUAAAAUGUCUUGCAGCAAAUUAGAGGAAGAAGCACUCUUUUUAUGGAUCUUACAAUUUAGAAAUGUUUCAUACAGAGACCAGUGAAAGAGAGUUUCUUUUUUCUUUUCUUUCUUUUUUUUUUUUCAAAUUAAUUCAGCAAUAUUAAUUUUUCUUCCUUACAAAUUUUCUUGUGAUUUUCCUGGACACUAGAUCUCAAGUUUAUUAUCAUUCCAAUAUUUGAAAAAAGUCUGCUUCCCUGAGUUGCCGUGUCAUCCACAUCUUAAGAAAAAGAAAGGCCACUUGGAAUCUACAUUUUCCAAGAUCUGUCUCCCUAUAAGAUUGCCUAGUUCAGGAUAAGAAAGGUGACAUAACCACAGAUAUAGAUAUGAUUAAAAGAAUGAUAAAAAGAUAUCUCAUACAACUCUAGAUCAACAUAUUUUUAAAACAGAGGAAAUGGAUGCUUUUCUGGCAAACUGUACAUUAUGAAAAUUGAAAUAAGAAGUAGAAAACUUGGUAGAACAAUUACUAUUGGAGAAUUUGGGAAAGUGAUUAAAGAUCUAUAAUUGAAAAAUGCUCCAGGCCCAUACAGUUUCAUGAUUAGUUCUGUCUAUUGACUCUUUUAAAGUAUGUUAUUUAUAAUAUUUCAAUCAAUAGACUAUACUCCCCAAUUUAUGAAGUCAGAAUAAGUUGAACAUGAAAAUCAAAUAAAGAUAGCCACAAAAAGGAAAACUUCAGGACAGUUUUACUCAUGAAUAUAAAACAGAAAUCAUAAAAUAGCAAGUAAAAUUGAGCAAUAUCCCUAGAGAAUGACAUACAGUGCUGAUCAAGUAAGAGUUAUCCCAGGAAUGCAGACAAUUCAGUAAUAGGAAAUGUAUCAAUAAAAUUAACAGCUUAACGGAGAAGAGUCAUGAACUAUCAAUAGAUGCUGACAAGGUACUUAAUAGAAUUUGCAGAAUUUCUAUUCUAAUAAAAUAUAAAUUAAAUUGUAAUAGAUGGUAACCACUUAAUGAGUUUCUUUACCAAACCCAUAGCUUAUAUUAUGCUGAAGCCAUUUUUUUUUUUAAAUCAGGAAUUUAAUAUUGUCUUGGAGGCUCUAGUGAAGGAAAUAAAAAAGAAAAAUAAUUGAUAUAAACAAUGGAAAAGAAAAGGUAAAACGAUCCUUUUUUUUGCUGAUAAUAUGAUUAUAUGCCAAUAAAUGAAAAGAUUAAUAAUUUUUUUUAAGUUGAGAUAAUUUUCUAAGAAGGCAGGAUACAGAAAUCAAGAGCUGUCUCUGUACUGAUAAUAAGCACCUAACAAUUUAUAUGCACUUUUUGGGGGAAUUACAAUAAAUCUCAAUAUUUCAUAUGGAAAAAUGAAUGCCUGAGACCUGAGAAUGUAGACAAAAGUAUAAAAAAAAAUGUCAUAUCAGAUACCAGAAUAUAACAUGAAAUCAUUCUAAUGAAAUUAACAUAGUAUUGGUAAAGGAAUGGAUAAAUACAUCAAUGGAACAGAAUAGAAAAUUCAGAAAUAAGCCUCUGUGUAUAUGAGCUUUUUCAUUUAUGGAAAAGGUGGACUCUCAAACCAUAGGGGAAAAGAGUAUUUUAUUUUAAAAGAAUUCUUGCACAAUUGGCUUUUAAUCUGGAAGAAAGUAAAGUUGGACCAACAGAACAAAUCUAUCUGAAAAUAAAUUCCAGGUGGAUUUAAGACUUAACUUUUAAAAAUAACAAAAUUCUUAAAAUCAAAGGAAACUAUAUGUACAAUUUAGGAGCUAGAAGAGAUUAACUUCACUAACACAGGACACUCAAAAGCCAUUAAAAACAAAAUAUUUGACUACUAUAACGUACAUCUUUUGAAUGGCAAAAGAUGCCAUCAACAAAGUGAAUAGUUAUUUGCAGAGCUGAUCAGAGAGCAAAUACUCUUGAAAUCAGCAGGAGAAAAGAUAACCCAAUAGCAGAACAUGGCAAAUAAUCUGAAUAGACAGUUGUGAGAAGAGCAAACCUAAGAGACUGAUGGACCUAUCAAAAAAUGUUUACCAUAAGUAGUUGGGAAGGCAGAUUAAAUUUAUAAUGAGAUAACACUAUUCAAGAGUGCUUUUUGCUGUUAGAACAAAGGAUGUUCUUAUACAUUGUUGGUGAAAACAUAAAUUUUGGAAAGCAAUUCAAAUUGCUUUUUUGAAAAGCAAUCUGUUAGCUCGGUUGGGUAGAGCACGGUGUUAUAACACCAAGGUGAAGGGUUUGGAUCCCCACACCAGCAGGCUGCCGAAAACAAAAAUUAAAAAAAAAAAAAAAGGCUAUGUGGUAAUAUCUAUUAAAACUUAAAAUAUCUGUGCAAGUUUGGAGAAUCUUCUGCUUAGAAGUAAAAGCCCAGAUACAUAAAGGACAGAUGAACAUGGACAUUUAUUGUAAAAUUGUUCCCAAUGGAAAAAAAAACCAAAAACACUAGAAUCAGAGUAAAUGCCCAUCACUAGAGAAGUUGGGGGAAGGAAAGAAGUAUAAUAUAUCUAUUCCACUGAAUGUUUAUAUAGCCAUUAAGGUAGACAAAUUAAAGAUAUGCUAGUGGACUUGAAUGGAAUUCCACAAUGUUUUCUUCAGUGAAAAAAACAAGAUAGAUAUUAAGUGUGUAAAAUAUCACCCCAUUUUUGUAAAACUAACAAAAUGUCUGCAGGUAUUUGAAUGAUAAACAUGUAUUCAUAUAUGUUUAUAUACAAUUUUAUAUGCAUAGAAAAAAGUAUAGGAGAGUAUGCAUUGAGUUGGGGGGAAAUGGGUGAUGCAGGUAGAUUACGGAGGAGUCAGAGGGAGAGGGAAAAGGAAAGCCAAAAAGAAAAAUAUGUAAGUGACUGAACCAAGUAUGAUAUCUCAAAUGUGUGAGUAAGUAAAGAAAUUUGGGUGGAGGCAGGGGAAAGCUAGAAUUCUACUAAUUUGUGGGGAUGUUUGUGGUGUAUUGUUAAGUGAAAAGGGCAAAUUGCAUAAUAAUGUACAUGAUUCUAUUUUUAAAAAAAAUUAAAACCCCUAUUAUGUAUAUAUGCACGCGUGUGUUUAUAUGAACAAAGAGAAAAUUGUGGAAGGAUAUACAACAAGGUGUUAACAUUGGUUACCUUGAUGGAGAAGAAUAUAAGUGGUUGUUUAAUUUAUAUAUCUUUGUAUUGUUUUACGUAACAACAUAUAUUGAUUUUGUAAUUUGACAAACAUAAAAUAAAGGGGGAAAACAUUUCAAAAUGCA